AUGGAUUCCAAGGCUGCAUACGCUGAAGCGAAGCGGAAACCCCCGGGACCCCGCAAACCUUCCGUCUCGUACAGCUCGGCUUCAUCAAAACGAGCUGGCCCGUCGACCGGUGGUCGCCACUCAAAAGCCAAGAAGAUAGCCAUCAUUGCGGUAGCACUGCUCCUCAUCUGCGGAGCCCUGUUAACGAUCGGGAUAUGGGCCCUCUCUUAUGACUCGGUAACGUUCUGCGACACGUCAGAUUGCCUUAGACAUGUCAUUGAGCUCAAGGAGGCCAUAGACACUAACGUCGACCCCUGUGACGACUUCUACAAGUUCACGUGCGGCUCCUGGAAGCCGAAACAGAAAGAGCGGUCCAUGAUUGCUCGAGUCUUCGACGAGUCGUCGGACCGCGCCAUUAGCGAAAUGGAGGGCUUGAGAGAGAAGACCAUUGUGCCCAAAGCAGUGGACUAUUUCAAGAGCUGCAUCCAGCAACGCGAUUUCACGUCGGAUGAUCUGCGACUCUAUUUCAACUUCAAGGAGCAAAUAGGUUUCUUGUGGCCGGAGAAGAAUCAAUCAGCCAUCGACCCACUGCUCCCGUUGCUUAACCUCACUAUCAACUGGAACAUCAACUUGCUCUUCCACGUGCGCGCCUUGCCCGCAUACAAGCGGAGGCCACAGACGCUGUACAUUAGGCGCGGCUUAUUGAACACCAGGUGGUUGGAUCCCACGUGGACACCCGCCACGUUUGCCGAAGUCGUCAGACAGCACUGCGCCCUACUCAGGAUCAAACCGCCGCCAUCCUCAAGCAUCCAGGAACUGAAGAUCACCGUGGAGGACAUCAUAGACGCAGCGGUCAAAGUACCGCCGGACGCCACGAGCGACACGCAGUUCACGCUCAGAGAGAUCGAGGUGCUGAUGCCCAAAAGGACGGACGAGUGGCUCAGCAACGUGAACAAACUGCACAGUCCCCAGUUCACGUGGACGCUGGACAGCCCUGUGGCUCUCGAAGACGACACGAUAUUGCAGAAUAUAUACGCCCUGCUAAAGAAGUACAAGGAAAAGAAGCAGACGCUCAUGGAAGGCUUUUCGAUGGUUUUCCUUCGAAUGUCCCUGUGGUUUGUCGCAGGGAAACCAGAGUUGCGCUAUGGGCCCGAUCCCGAAGUGGGCCGCAAGAUAUGGAAGCGGAUCUGCCUCAGAUACACGACUGCCCACUUCGGCCUGCUCGUCGCGGCCAAGCACAUUUACGCGCGCUACAGCAGCAGUGUGCGCAGCGAGCUCAAACUUUUCCACCAGAGCAUUCAGGCCGCGAUGAAGCAGCAGCUGGAAGACGCCUACUGGAUCGAAGCCUCCGUCAUGAGGAGGGCGGUCAUCAAGAUCGAAGAGUUGACGCUGAACGCGAUGCCAGAGGAGAGCUUCUUCUCCAAAGUCAACCUUUCCCACCUGUACCAGGACUUCCCCAACAUCGGUGCGUCGUUCAUAAGAAACUACAUCACGGUCGCAGCCGCCUACCGGCGCCUCAUCGGCCACGACAGCUUCAUCAGCGUCUACUCCAAGCAGCUCGGGGCCGGCGCGCCCAGCCGGUACAACUACUAUUACAACAUCGCCUACAUGGCACUGGGCGCCAUGGAGCCUCCUAUACUCUACUUGCACGGCACCGGGGCCAUGAUGUACGGCAGCUUCGGCACACUCAUCGCCGGGUGCAUGGUGCGCUCGUUCGACAAGCGCGGCGUCCUCGUCAACGACCUGGGCAGAAGAGAGAAGUGGUGGGACUCGCCAGUUUACACAGAACGAAUCAGCUGCGACUUGUUGUCCGGAAGCAAGUACGGUGGCCAGAGUUCGAACGCGAAACCAAUUGGCGGCCGCGACCCGCGCGAGGUUCGUUUCUCAUCCUUGUUCCCAAUGGCACUGGGACUGACCGUGUCGUUCAUGGCGCACCGCGGGGCUAUGGCCAAAAAAGGCAGGUACGUCCAGCACCGCCUGCGCGGCUUUGAAGACUACACAGACGACCAGCUUUUCUUCAUGACCUACUGCCUCAUGACGUGCACCACAAACAGCAGCGGCGAGAUGUGCAACGUACCAAUGCGACAGACCCAGGCGUUCGCCGACGCGUACCAGUGCCCCUCCGAAUCGGCGAUGAACCCGACUAAGAAGUGUACAUUCUUCUAG